AUGUUUGCCAGUUCAACAAGUACGAUUAUUAUUACCGUGCCGCCUGUUAUUUUACAAUGUUUUUUAUGUGGUCGUUUAUGCUAUCCGUUUUUGUGUAAACUCGAAGGUUUUUCAUCGUAUUUAAAUGGUUGUGCAUGCAUGUAUAUGCUACUCUUGUUAUCUUUUAUCCGAUAUACAUCAGUGAUGCAUACAACAUUCGUCAAGAAACUAUUGGAGCGAUAUAAUUAUCUAGCUGUAUCACUUUGUUGGGCAUUCGGACUAGUUUGGGCGGUACCACCACUCUUCGGUUGGAAUCGAUACGUACCUGAAGGUCUCGGAUUCCAUUGCGGACUUGAUUGGACCGAUCCUUCAAUACGUAGUAUCUUGUAUUUUUGUUUGUCAUUUGUUUUCGUCUAUUUUCUCCCAUUAGCUGCAUUACUCUACGUAAAUAUUCGUGUUUAUUGUACCAUUCGUUAUCUUAUGCACUAUGGUGGCAGCAAUGAAUCGGCUUAUAAAAAUCACUGGCUAUUUUCAAGAAUAUCAUCAUCGUCGCCGUCUACACCUUCAUCAAAAUUCGAAUCGUUACAAUUAAAAACUAGUUUAGGCAGCAAUCUCGCUAGUGGAUGUUCGACCGGCACCAUCCGCUUUUUACAAUCUGGUCAAAACGAAGCUAUACACAUGAAACGUAUUAAAAGUAUAUUAGCACGGGAAUGUUCAUAUAUAAAUGAUGGCAGGGAUAUUCGUCGACAAUUAGCCGAUGAAUUGAGUGUAAGUAAUUCAGCUUCUCUAAAACGACUGAAAGUUCAUCGCCGUUUUGCAGUGGCGACUGCAAUUCUUGUCAGUGAAUAUUUGUUAAGCUGGACACCAUAUGCCACUAUAGCCAUGUUAGAAAUUUUUCGUAUGAUAUUACCAUCUCAAAAUCCUGUGAUAAUGACUAUAUGCUCAUUAAUAGCUAAAUUGUCAGUGAUCAUUAAUCCAUGUAUUUAUAUCCAAACGAUUACAAUGCUUAAAUUAAUGCCAACAUUUCUUAAUAAAUGUAAAUGUCCAUCGUGUCAAACAAAACGUUCUCAAAAAACUAAAACCGGUGAAAUUGUGAGAAGAUUUGAUUUUUAA